UCCCUGUAGACGGCGCUCUCGGAAACCACGUGAUCAGCGAGGACUUCCGGGGAGCGGUUCUGCGUGCGGUCCAUACGCGUUCUAACAAGGCGGUCACAAACACACGUGGCGAACGACCUGCACGUGCACACAGCUCGAGGUCGUUGGGUUGGCUCAUGCUUUGCGAGGCGGCCAUUAGACAUGGGCGAGGCUAGGGUUCUAAUCACGUGGUUUCCGAGAGAAUGUCUACGGAGCCCCCAGUAAACACCGACUUGGAUGCGUUUCAGAUGAGCGUGGUGUGCGCGGCGCAGUGUGAGAAAGGUGAAGCAGCGUGAGUUCGAGCGCCGGAGACAAGCCGUUCCGUUCCGUUCGGACGCCAUGGCUCAGUGUACUCUGGUUUCGGGAUCUGUGGCGCUGAUCACGCUCCAUAGUCCGCCUGUUAACGCACUCAGCGCAGUGGUUAGGCAAGGCAUUGUUGACACAGUGGGGAGAGCGCUCAGUGACCCCAAGGUGAAGUCUGUGGUGAUCUGUGGCCAGAAUGGGACGUUCUGUGGGGGAGCAGACAUUAAAGAAUUUGCGAGGCCAAUGUCCGGGCCUCCGUUGGUGCCAAUGAUCCACGCCAUAGAGGCUGGGGACAAGCCAGUGGUGGCAGCCAUAGAAGGAAUUGCUUUCGGAGGAGGCCUAGAGUUAGCCCUGGGAUGUCACUAUCGCAUUGCACAUGCCAAAUCUCGGCUGGGGCUUCCAGAAGUGUCUCUGGGUCUGUUGCCUGCUGCAGGAGGAAGCCAGCGUCUGCCCAGACUUAUAGGGAUACCAGCUGCCCUAGAGCUCAUUACCACAGGCCGCCAUGUUACUGCCGCGGAGGCUCUGAAACUAGGGAUGGUGGAUCAGGUCACAGAGCAGAACACUGUGGAGGCAGCUGUGAAGUUUUCCCAGGGUGUUGCAGGGCGAUCUGUGGAUGCCUGUAGACUGAGUGCCCGUCCAUGUCCGUCACCCCCAGACUUGGAUGCUCUGUUUGAGGAGGCAAUGCAAAGGGUGCGGCAGAGUGCCCGUGGAGCCAUAGCACCGGUUGCAUGUGUGCAGGCUGUGAGGGCGGCUGCCACUCUGCCCUACCUUGAAGGCAUGGAGCGAGAGAAGGAGCUAAUGGCCACCCUGUUCAACUCGGGCCAGGCCCGUGCCAUGCAGUACUGCUUCUUCGCUCAGAGAGUCGUAGGCAAGUGGACGCUGCCCAACGGAGCCCGCUGGGACACGAGCAAGGCCAGACACAUCAGCAAAGCAGCGGUCAUUGGUCUGGGCACCAUGGGAAGAGGCAUCACGGUGGCCUUAGCUCAGACGGGGGUGUCUGUGAUUGCUGUGGAGACCCAGGAGCGGCAACUGGCAGAGGCGAAGCAGGCCGUGUCAGGCAUGUUGGAGCGUGGAGCGAAGAGACGCGGGGGGGCUUCUCCGCUGGGCCUUGUCCAUUAUAGCCCUCACCUUCAGGCUGCAGCAGAUGUGGAUCUGGUCAUUGAGGCUGUGUUUGAGGACAUGGCUUUGAAGAAGGAGAUCUUUCACCAGCUGUCUGCAGUAUGUAAACCUGGUACCCUGCUGUGCACAAACACCUCAGGUCUGGAUGUGGACUGCCUUGCCUCCAAAACCAAAAAGCCAGAGCUGGUGGUGGGCAUGCACUUCUUUGCCCCAGCCCACGUUAUGAAGCUGCUGGAGGUAGUGUACGGGCCUCGCUCCUCCCCUGAGGCAGUGGCCACUGCAAUGCAACUGGGGAAGAGGAUGGGUAAAGUCAGUGUGGCUGUUGGCAACUGCCCAGGCUUUGUAGGGAAUCGCAUGUUAAAGCCAUACAUGGAGCAAGCCAGCUUCCUGUUGGAAGAGGGAGCCACUCCGGAGCUGGUGGAUCAGGUGCUGGAGGAGUUUGGAUUUGCCAUGGGCGUGUUCAAAAUGUCAGACCUCUCAGGUCUGGAUGUAGGCUGGAGGAUCAGGAAGGAAGCAGGGCAAACGGGGCCUGGUGUACCGUCAGGUCAGCCAAUGAGAGUCCGGCAAGGCCGCAGGUACAGCCCUCUGGCAGACUUGAUCUGCGAGCAGGGCAGGUUUGGGCAGAAAACAGGGCGGGGUUGGUACCAGUAUGACAAACCAGGGGGUCAGGUCGCCAGUUCUGACCCCUGGCUGCACAGCUUUCUGGAGGAGUAUCGGGCCCAGAACGGCCUGGUGGCACGUCGCAUCAACCACCAGGAGGUGCUGGAGCGCUGCCUCUACACCCUGAUCAACGAGGGCUUCCGCAUCCUGGAGGACGGCAUAGCUGCCAUGCCUCAAGACAUUGAUGCCAUCUAUGUGUUUGGUUAUGGCUGGCCCCGGCACCGUGGAGGUCCCAUGUUCUACGCAGGCAUGGUGGGGCUAGCCAGGGUCCUGGAGAAGCUGGAGCACUACCAUCAGGUUCACCCAGAUGUCCCCUACCUGGAGCCUAGCAGCCUGCUCAGGAGGCUGGUGGCCAGCAGCAGUCCUCCUAUCCAGAGGUGGAUGCAGGUCAACAAGAUGUCCCAAAGCCAGCUUUAAAUCACAAACAACCUCAGCUUUAAUCUUGUAAUGUACAAUGAUAAUGAUGACUUGACCAUAUACUCAAAUUAAAGUGAUUAUUUUCUUAUAUAUUACAGUUAUUACUGAAAGUACCUGAGGCUAUUGUAUUUUUUGUAAUCAAUAUUCUGAGUAUCCCAUGUUCUUGGCUGAUGGCCAUGCAAGGCUAUUGUGCAAUCUUUUCCAACCACUCAGGGAAAAAUGCAGUUUUGGCUGGUGAAAUAUUGAUUUAAAUACAUCGGUAUGAUAAAUGGAUCCAAAUCCAAACAUGAAACCACCCCAAAAUUGCCCUCUGCUGUUGAUGUGGCUAUUAAAAUGUUCAGGAUUGAUAUAAAAAAAUCCCACAAGAUAUUUUUAUAACACUUUCUUGAUUGUCAUCACCACACACAACUUUUGGGGCGGGGGGGGGGGAGCUCAUGUCAUGUCAUGUGAACAAAAUAUCAUUCAUAAUUUCAUCCAACCAAUUCCAUGUUG